AUGCUGGAUACUCAAAAUUUGACAGUAUCUGCUCCUAAGUUUGCAAGUCAAGAUACUGCAAUGACACCUUCAAGAAGAGGCCAUCGCCAUAAGCGCUCUUUUGCAAUCUCGGGAGACUUUGAAUUUUUGAAACAACCACAACAACUUCAAGGCCAAGAUUCCCCUGAGUUAUUGCAACCUCCUUUAAGUGCCCAGUCUCUUCAAUAUUCAAAAGUCUCGAGCCACGAGCCUCCUAAACUUUACAUUAGUGAGCAACAUUCAGCUUUGCAGAAUAGUGGAGGUAGUAGUGAGAAUAAUAUGUUGAGCAGUGGUCAGAAUCCAUUUCAGAGUCCUAGAUUUUUUGCUAGUGAGGAGCCAACAUUUUCGUCUCCAUUCGAAGGCGUUCCGGAUGCUAUAAUCAAUUUAGAUGAUGCUCUUCGGGCUAAGCCAGGGUCAUUCCAGGCACAUAGAAGAACAGAAUCAGCUCCAGCAGAUUUAGAAUUUUUGUUGGAUGCAAAGACUCUUCAACUUCAUACGCCAAGAAUUGAAGAAGAAGAGAUGUCUGAUAUCGCAGAGUCUGAUAUAUCUAACAGUCCAAAAAGUAAUAAAAACAGAAAUGAUAAACAACAAAAUAAUCCUGGAUUAUUAUCACCGCUCCGACCAUACACUGAAUUAAAAUUUAAGAAACAUCCCGAUAAUGAUGAAGAAGAGUCUCCAAGCCAUUCACGAUUAAUAACACCAAGUAAUCUGCUUUUCAGUGGUUAUCAACAUUCCAAUAAUAGCAAUAAUGGAGACUAUUCGUUAAAUUCUGAAGCUGGUACUAAUCUAUUUAAUAAUCAAUUUUCAGAGAAAAAUCCAAAUCCAAAUCUAACAUUUACUCAUACUUUAUCAAGAAGCCCUUAUAAUUCUUUAAAAAUAAACAAACAAAAGCAGAGAUCUUAUAAUAGACAAUUGCCUUUGAGUUCUGCAGCAACCGUUCAACCGCAGACUGUAAAAGAAAAAUCAUCGGCUAAUUCACUAUCUUCUACCUUUUUAUUAUCACCGGCUUCACAAUUGCAUUCUCCAUCUAAACCCAUAUCUACUCCAGGCACUCCAAUAUCAUAUCACUAUAAACAAAAGUUAAAUGGUCUUCCUUUUCCAAGUCAACCAGCUUCGAAGCCAAAUAACGCAACUCCAUUGCAUUCAUUCCAACAGAGAUCGUCUGUGUUAAGACCGAGUUCAGCUUCAAAUGCACAUAAUAGUAGAUUUAAUUUUGAAAGUAAAGAAUAUGAUUUGGAUUAUAAUAAAUUAGAUGACUUUUAUGGAUCAAAAUAUGAAAAUUAUGAUAACAAAGAUUUAAUGAAUAAUAAUUCUAGAUUUGAAUCACAAAAGGAAGCAGUGAAAUCAAAUAAGAAUGAAGAUAUAUAUCUGUCGGAAGACCUGUUAUUGGGUGAGCCUGGCGCAAUGGUUGAUUUAUCGUCAACUACAUCUCCUGUGAAGGGCAUAACAAAGGCAUUUGAUUCCUUAAAAAUAGAUUCUGCCCAUAUUAACUCUAAUGACAUGUAUAUUAAUAGUGGCGAUUCAAGCAAAAUCUCAUUAAGUAGUAGUCUUUAUGAUAGUGAUAAAAUACCGACUACUAUUGCAAACAAGACGAUUAAUAAAUCAAACCCUCCUAAGAAUAGAGAUACCCAAAAAAGCAGUUCUGAUAAAAUUGAAACUGACUUCACUAAAGAUGACCAUAGAAGUGUUAGUGACACAGCUUUAUUAAUGAAAAAAAUAAAUCUAAGUCAAGAUUAA